GGAGCUGCCGCCGUCGCCGCCGCGCGGCGCUGAGGGGAGCCAAGCGGGCGCUGUUGUCGGCGUCCAAGUUCUGACGUGAAGCGCGGCUGCCUCUCAGAACGGAGGAAAAGACGCGUCCGCUUCGGUCGCAGCGGGCUGAGUUUUCCGUCUCUCAGCAACCAGAAAACUAGCAGUUUGUAAUUCUGAUGGUGCAUUUCUGUUUGGGAUCAUAACAGGCAGUUGUAUCAACCUGCCUUCAGGCUUGGUGCUGCUGCUGUUGAAUGCCAGGUAGGCCAGAAUAAAAUAUCCCUCAUCUGUGACUUAAUUGUGGAUGAGGGGGCUGCAUUAUGGAAACCUGGGUUGGGGAGGAAGGCAGCAUUAUGCUUACCCAGCUGUGCUCACUCAAGUAUUUGGUGUAGCAUCAGCCUUGCCCUGGGAGCCAUGGAAGAGGAGUGGAUGUAGUCUUCAGGGAAACAUCUCUCUAGGCUGCUUGUCCACUCUAAGACAGGUCUGGAGUGUUUGUUCUUUGUGUUGGGGUGAACAAGACAAAGAUUCUGUUGUUGUACUGCCUACCCUGCUGCUCAGCAGACUCUCUGCUUGAGCUGACAGAGAUAGUUUUGGAUGUGGUGUUGAAAGCCUCCAGAAUGGUGGAUCUGGGGAAUUUCAACUUCCACAUUGAGACUGCUUUAUCCAGGCUAGCUCAGGAGUUCAUGGUGACCAUGGCAACCUUGGAGCUGCCUUAGCAUGCCAUUGGCUCAGCACAUGAAAAAGUUACUCUCUUGACCUGUUCUUUUUGACUGGACAGGAGGAUGGUGAUCUUGAAGUGAGGAGACUGACAUUAAUUCCUUCAUCAUGGUCAGAUUUAGACUCUCAACCCCAUUCUCCCUCUGUAUGCUAUUGAAAUGGUCCACCUGCUGAGUCUGCUGGAUCCAGAUGAAUUCCAAAGGGCUCUGAGGAAGUUGCCAGUUGAUACAGCUGGUGCUGCUGUUGAAGCAGAGCAUGUGCAGUGGCUUGGCGUAUAAGCAAGUUGGAAAACAGCACAGGUGGAGAAAAACUCAUGUUGACUCUGACCAAACAUGUAUUAGAGCUCAUUAUUGAGCCUAUGUUGUGGUGGUGAAGGUGGCAAAGAAGAAAUUCCUCUCUUCCAGCCUUGCAUCCUCACAGUGUUGUCCAGCAGAGCUUUUCUAAGUGCAAUCUGACACCAAGAUAGACCUCCUUGGACCCUCGUUGGCCCACUGUGACAAGGUUUCCGAAUGAGUGGAUCAUGAGGAACAUACUUUAGGGACUUGCCAUAGUAUGGCUGCUUCUCGAUCUACUCGUGUCACAAGAUCAACAGUGGGGUUAAAUGGUUUGGAUGAAAAUUUUUGUGGCCGAACUUUAAGAAACCGUAGCAUUGCUCAUCCAGAGGAAGUUUCUUCUCUUCCACAAGUAAGAUCAAGAUCACCAAAGAAGAAACCAGAAUCUGUGCAGACUCAGAAGGGAAAUAACAGUGGACGAACCAAUGACGGGAAACAGCAAAAUUCUAGGGAAUCAUGGGUAAGCCCUAGAAAGAGAGGACUUUCAACUUCAGAAAAGGAAAGUAUUGAAAAACAAAUUGUGGAGAAUUUUGACAAGAAACAAGUGGAAACUGUUUCACCAGUUUUAAAAAGAAUUAAACGCUGCUUACGUUCAGAGGUGCAGAAUAGUUCAGAAGAAGUGCUGCCCUCUAAAACAGGAAAGGAACGAUUGGAACGCAAGAGCUCCGGAUCAGACAAUGUUGCAGUCACUCCAGGGACUAAACGAGCUUGUCGAUGUCUUAUAUUGGAUUAUAGUGAUAAAAGGGAAGUUAAAAAGGUGAAUGCUUGCACAGAAAGAUUUAAUAGUUCUUCAGUAUCCGAAGAACUUUUAGGUUGUCAGACUAUCAAUGGAGUUGAUGGGAGAGGCUCAGAUGAUACGAAGUGUGAUGACUGUCACCCUGAUGGGAAUGCUACUCAGAACAAUACUGAUUCCUGCUCAGCCAAGGAAAAAGCUGUAGCAGAAAAUGGAAAUACAUUGGCCCGUUCAUCAUUUUUUCUCAACCGAAGUAAAGAGGACAAUUUUGUAGACCACAGUGUGCCUUGCACAAAUUCACAAGAGCAGUUAACAUUAGAGGACCAUAAGCAAUUAAAUAAUUGUUUGCCUGAGGGAAUUACUGAUCAGGCACAUGAGUCAGGUACGGGUACAGGGUCCUUUUCUGAAAUCCAGUCAUCUGUAUUAAGGGAUUCUGAGGAGGAAGUUGAUGUAGUGGGAGACAGCAGUGCCUCAAAGGAGCAGUCUGAAAAUACCAACAGCAAUGCUGGCAAUUGUCAUGACAGUGCAUCAGUCUCAGGUGAACCUGAACAACCAAACUCUGUUUUGGACUGCGUUUCAUCCCAAAUUACAUCGGCAACAGAAUCUCAAGAACACAGAUACACACUGAGAACCUCACCAUGGAGGGUGGGCCCAGCAAAAGGUAGCCCUACUAAGCAUAACUCUCCAUGUAGAGGGAAUGGACAGCUUGAAGAGAACAAUCAUAGUGCCCCUGAAAAGGAUGUAGAAUCAAGUAUUGCUAAUAUCAAUGGAUCUCCUAUGAACACAGAAAUUAUUUUGAAAGACAAAGGUUGUGACUCUGAGGACUGUAUAAAUGGACAAAAUAAACCACCCUCAGAGGCUAAACUUGUUACUGGAUCCCUACCAUCUGCCAAAGAGAGUGCCAAUCUUCAUGCUGUAGAGGAUGAGGAGGAAGAACCCGAUGUGUAUUUCUUUGAGUCAGAUCAUGUGGCAUUGAAACACAACAAAGAUUAUCAGAGACUUUUACAGACGAUUGCGGUACUUGAGGCUCAACGUACUCAAGCAGUUCAAGAUCUUGAGAAUUUAGGCAGACACCAGAGAGAAGCCCUGAAAGAUCCCAUUGGAUUUGUGGAAAGUCUCCAAAAGAAGGUUGAUGUAGGGCUUCCCCAUCCACAGAGAGUUGUCCAGCUGCCAGAAAUAUCCUGGGACCAAUAUACUACAAGCCUUGGAAAUUUUGAAAGAGAAUUCAAAAACAGAAAGCGUAAUAGUAGGCGAGCCAAGCUUAUUUUUGAUAAGGUAGGUUUACCUGCAAGACCAAAAAGCCCCUUAGAUCUCAGAAAGGAUGGGGAGGCUACUUCAUACUCUGUACUGCCUUUUAGUGACUGUCCAGAAGUGUCAACAAACAACCGGCCACAGGUUAGUGUUUCAAAAAAACAACAUACCAAAAACCAUAAUUAAAAUUUUAUGUACUAGUGCUUUUACUUAGAUUUAAAUCCUGACUUUUGAGCAAAUGAGCCUCAUGGCAGCUUACAAUAGAUUUAUGUACACACAUGUGCAAAAAUCCCAAACACAGCAGUCCUUAAUCCUCUAACUUAGCCUUCCCUAACCUUGUGCCUUGCAGACAUGUUUGGAUUGCAACACCCAGAAUUCCCAGUCAAUGGCCCUGCUGGAUGAGAAUUCUGGGAAUUGCUAUCCAAAUGCCUCUGAAGGCUACCAGCUGAGGGAAGACUGCUCUAGCUAGUGUA